AUGGCUAACGAUCUAUAUAAACGGGUCAAAACUUUUGAGCACGAAUGGCUCGUCACCGACUCGCCACCGAGGAUUGCAAGUUUCGCCUCACAAAGCGCGACGCAUGAACGGCGUGUGGACAAUAAGAGGCUUCUCAAAAGCCUGGCCGGGGAGGAGACUUCUCAAGGUCUCAAUGACGGCGCGUGGAUGGUGAGAGCCUGUGUUUCUCAAACGUCCGCCGGCGGGGGUUUUCUCAAAGGUUUCAUCUACGUCAAGAAGGCGAUCCGCACGCGCGAUGGGGACCCAUUGUCGUCCAAAGCAAUGUCAUAUUUGAUUCAUCAAAUCGUGCUUCCACCAUCCGGACCUCGAGCGAUACCUUCUUCGGACAACGAUAAGCGUCGGGGUCCUGCAAGAAUCUGGAAAUCUUUGUCUAUUAACGAGGAGCAACUCGCCACCUCUAUGCAACGCCUCGCGGACGGUGGUGGCCUUGGAGCUGUUCCUAUGGAGAUCGCAACGCUUCUUUAUAUAUUUCAAUUCUCAUCAACUCUUCCAAUAGCUUCUGCCACCCGCUAA